GCCCAGACAGAAGGCAAGCAGGUCUGGUACAUCACCGCGCCAGCCUCACUGCCCGUCACUGUUGUCCAAGACUUGACCAUUCCCAUGGACAAGGCUCAGAGUGGCUUGCCAGUCCUAUCGCACAACGGCGACGACUACCGCAUGGCUUUUGAUAACCCUGAUGCUUCUUCCUCGUUCCGGCUCCUCAUCCCCAACAAACAGGGCGAGGAGUACUCAUUACUGGAACGACCAGUCCAACAGACCAUACACUUCACCCGCAGCGAAACCUUCCCACCUGGCGGUCCCGCCAGCGUCACCACUACUCAGACGGUCGCUACCACUAAACAAGCGCGUCCUCAGCCAGAGGGUCUCCGCGCUCGCUACACUCCCCUAGGCGUGCCCGCCCCCAAACCCAGCAUCGCGGCUCCGGCCCCAACCAAGAAGGCCCAGGCAAAGGCCGCAGCGCAGGAAUCAGGUACCCCCAGCACGAGCUCCAAGAAGAAGCGCAAGCACAGAGAUGACGGUGAGGACGGACCCACCGCGACUGCUUCUAUCACUACCCCAUCCAAGAAGAACAACCCAGCUGAGAAGUCCAACAAGAAGCAGAAGACAAGUAGCGACAAUAACACGGCUCGAAAGGUCACGCCUGUGCCUAUCCCCGCCAUGCCC